AUGCUGGAGAUGACGUAUGCGUUCACUGCGCUCUUUUUUACGUUCAAUAAAUCAGUCGCCUGCGUUGCCGCAACGGACAUGGAAGAUGGACAGGUUGUUGAAACGAAGCAGGGGCAACUGAAGGGACGGACACAAACAGUGUCCGGGAAAACGGUUCAAGUUUAUUUUGGGAUUCCAUACGCAGAACCUCCGAUUAAUCACCUUCGCUUCCGCAAGCCAACACCCUCUAAGUCAUGGUCCGGUGCUUACGAUGCCACCCAAAAGAAGUUUUCCUGCCCUCAACAACUCUACCCAUCGCUGGCAGACAUUGCAACAGAUCUAUCCGAAGACUGCCUCUAUUUGAACGUGUGGACACCCAGUACUGUAAGGCCGACGAGACCGGUCGUAGUAUGGAUUCACGGAGGAGGCUUCGCCUUCGGCAGUUCCUACGAGAGCGGGUUCAACGGUUCUCUGCUGGCAGUAAUGCACGACUUGGUGGUUGUGACUAUGAAUUAUCGCCUCGGUAUUUUCGGCUUUCUAGACGCCGGUGUUCCAGACGCUCCUGGUAACGUAGGGCUCCUGGAUCAAAGACUGGCUCUGCAGUGGGUACGAGAAAACAUCCACGCAUUUGGCGGAAACCCGACGAGGGUGACCAUUUUCGGCCAAAGCGCAGGGGGUUACAGCGUGCACGCCCACAUCAUAUCUCCCCUGAGCAGGGGCCUUUUCCACAGAGCUUUCAUGAUGAGCGGCACUUACGAUUCCAUCGUGCUGCUGGACACCUUGCUCGAAAGUGUAGACCGAGGAAGCCAGGUGGCCGCGAGACUCAAUUGCACGGCACCGUUCCUUGAUCUGAGCAGCCAUCCGGACAUUGUCUUAGAAUGCUUACGCAGCAAGUCGACGGAUGCACUAUCCAAUGCUGUGAAGAACGUAACUGACCCUAAACUUGCUUCGUUCGUGCCGACCUAUCCGAACGAGUUCUUUCCUGUUCGACCAGUUUUGGCACUGAGGCAGGGUCGGUUCGCUGACGUCGACGCCAUGGUUAGUGUCACGAGUUCGGAAGGCACCGUCAUGGUGGUGUCGCAGCCAGACAAACGUUUCUGGGACGAAGAUCUGAGCAAUGUUUCGGUGGAGGAACUGAAGCCAGCUCUUCGGGAAAUGCUAGUCACAUUUAUGGGAAACAAGUACAUUGAUCUCGUGGAGUAUUACGCGGCACAGGCGGCGCAGGAUAACAAGCAGGAGUUAAGGGAGAUGUACACUGAGUUUUUUGGUGACUCUUAUUUCGUGUGCCCCAUGAAAUAUUUUUCCCAAAAACACUCGGGAAAGGGCAACUCGGUCUACUCGUUUGUGUUCGGCCACAGGUCAGUCAAGUCGACGUUGCCGGAAUGGAGUGGCGUCCCCCACCUGGCGGACGUUCCAUAUUACUUCGGAGUACCUCUUUGGGACUAUGAAAGCUACUCAGACGAAGACCGCAACGUCAGUCAAGAAGUUAUGAGAGCAUUCUCCUCAUUUGCAAGAUAUGGGGCACCGAAGCUUAAUGGCGUCAAAUGGACCCGGCACACUCCCUGGAAUCCUGCGGUCUUGUGGCUUCAGCCCGGAAAUUACUCUACGCAGUACGACAUCGGCGACAAAAACUGCGGCUUCUGGAAACAGUUUAUGGAGUGA